AUGGGUCUAUCUGAAGUAUUUCAUAUUGUUCUGAUAGCUAUAGGACUGACUCUAUUGCGUUUAUUCCUCAAUGCUGUAAUAUUUAAACCUAUACCAAAGUGGUUUAAAAUUGUUAAACAUGAUGCUGAUAAGUUUCCAGAAAGUGCUUGGAAGGCCCUAUAUUAUAGUGUUGCUUGGGGAUGGGCUGUUUAUCUAUGUAUUUUUAGUGAAGAGCAAUACUUCUUUAAACUGGGCCAUCAUUGGACAAAGAUUGUCCCUGGUAUAACUGUUGAACCCUCUCUCUAUUGGCUAUACAUGUUACAGAUGGGUUUCUAUGCUCAUUGUGUCUAUGCUUCAGUGUUUAUAGAAACUAUUCGUCGGGACUUUACUGUUUUAAUGAUCCAUCAUUUUCUAACUCUUGGUUUAUUGAGUUUCUCUUAUGCAGUUCGUUUUCAUUUCAUUGGUCUACUUGUUCUCUUUGUACAAGAUAUUGGUGAUGUAUCCUUAGAAGUUUCAAAGUGUGUACUUUACUUUAAGACAAGGAAUGGCAAGGACCACAAACUUCCCGAAUUCCUAGCAAAUAUAAGUUUUGCCAUCUUCACAAUUCAAUGGGUGUUAUUCCGACUUUAUUGGUUUCCCACCAAAGUGCUUUAUUCAACUAGUUAUAUUGGCAUAAAGAUAUAUCCAGGUGGACCUUUCUAUCUUCCAUUUAAUAUAAUGCUCAUGGUAUUGUAUGCUAUGCAGGUUUAUUGGUUUACUUUUAUUGUUAAAGUGCUGGUCAGAGUUUUAAGUGGUAAAGAGGUGUCUGAUACACGAGAGACAAAAGAAGAUGAAGCAGCUCGUGCAAAGAGUGUACAAUUAGAAAAGAAAAAGAAUUAA